AUGGUAAACUCCUUUGAUGAAUCCGGUGAUUUUGGCGAGCCCUUUUACGAGGUUCGCAUAGAUUCGCAAGAAGUACCGUUCACAUCAAUGAGGAGUGUCACGUCUUCAGGACAGAAUUACUUUCUCACGUGUGGAAGGACUUGUAUGCUGAGUCUCUCCUUGAAGAACUACAAUUUCUUGCCUAUAAGAAACAAGUGCAAUCCGGACGAGAGCUACGACUACAAGAAGUGCUUGGAGACGGCAUUGACGGAGAAUUUGACGAAGGAAGCCCCGUGCGUGAAGCCGUCAGCGUUUCCGAGCCAACACGCCGAGCCGGGGAUGCAGCGCCAGUGCAACACCUCCGAGGACGAAAAAGACCUUUUGAACUACUACCACAACGUAGUGCAAGAGAACUUCGAUCCUGGAUGUCUGAGGAAAUGCAACAGGACGACGUAUAACGUGCUCCAACUCGAUUACCCACAUCUUCCUUGCGAUCCGCAAAUUGCCGUGAUGAAGAUGAACAUCCCCAUCCCCGAUGUUGAGGUAAUAGACGAGCUGGAGCUGACGUCGCUUCCACAGUAUUCCGCCGACAUGGGAGGAAUACUCGGGCUCUACCUGGGGACCUCCUUCCUUGGGGUCCAGAAGAACUUGGAAAAAGCCGCCGGUUGGUUCAAGUCUCGAGUCUUCAAGACUGGGAUUGGAUUCCUGCAACAAAGAAUCUUGCCUUUGAUGUGUAGCCUCAUUAAGUUAAAGAAUGGCUAA